AUGACCAAAAUAGAUCACAUGUUCGCUUCAACAGAGUGGUUGGAGAUCUUCCCAAGAACCGACCUUCAAGCAUUAGCUUCGCUGGGCUCCGAUCACUGCCUACUCUUUCUUCAGGAGGAUGUCGUUUUGGAUUUCUAUAGGGGUUUCAGAUUUGAGGCGCAUUGGGCACAUAUGCCAGGUUUCACUGAAACGGGUGUUUUUCUAGACUUUAAGUUGUCGUCCAGGAGCUUUUGUGCAAAUGAAGUGCCAGGGAAGAGUCUUGCAGGGGCACCACCUGAGCUUGCAUUAAUUGUUUUUCAUGCCCAUGGACCUUUCAACGCUUUUUGUGUGCAGCGAAGUGGAUGGACAAAAGAUAUUGAUGCUUUCCUAUCAUGGUUAUCUGGAAUAUCAUUUAGUGGUCGAGGAUUUAGUGAAGUUCCUAUCUGUGAGGGUCUUGCUGAAGCACUGAUGAUACUUCAAGGCAGUCCUAAUACAACCCAGAAUAAUCAAAACAAUGAAGCACAAAAGCACUGCAUACUUGUGGCUGCAAGUAAUCCAUAUCCUUCGCGUACACCUGCCUACAAUCUUCCUAUUCAGUGUACUGAUCAGAAAGAGAAUAUUGAAUCAUCAAAAGGGCAUCCUGUUGCUGAUGCUGAAACCGUUGCAAAAUCAUUUGCUCAGUGUUCUGUCUCAUUGUCGGUGAUAUCUCCAAAACAGCUUCCAGCAUUGAAGGCAAUAUACAAUGUGGGCAAGCAAAAUCCUCGAGAUGCUGAUCCACCAGUUGAUCAUGCAAAAAACCCAGACUUCCUUGUGUUGCUAUCUGAGAAUUUCAUGGUGGCACGGACUGCUCUAAGUCAUUCUUUACAUGGGAACGUGGCCCCAAAUCAAACCAUAACGAAGUUCGACAGUGCACCUGCAGUUACUAUGCCAGGACCAACUUCAAAUGCCAACCCCUCAGGAGGAACUACCAUGAUGGGACUGCCUAAAAUAGGGGAAACACCACUACAAGUCCACGUGUCAAACACAGGAGUUGAUUCCCUAGGUGUGACUAACAAUUCUGCCAUGAAUAUGCCUAUUGAGAAGCAUCCAAAUGCCCAACAGCCGCCACCAAAGUAUGUCAAAAUUUGGGAGGGAACUUUAUCUGGGGUAAGGUAUGGACGUCCUGUAUUUAUUUGCAAACUCGAAGGUUAUAGGAGAAGAGCAGCGGCUGAAACACUUGCAGCAGACUGGCCGGAAACUCUGGAGAUUGCUCACAUCAUAGACCGGGAGCAUAUGAACAAGAACAAUUGUCAAAGGACAGAAGUUCUAGUAUUCCGGGCUUUAAACCAGCAUGGGUUUCUUGGACGACUAAAAGAGAAUGAGCUGUGUGCUGUGAUACGAUUGCCUUCACAAGCUCUUCUGCUGUCAGUGUCUGAUAAAGUGGGCCGCCUAAUUGGCCGGCUCUUACCUGGGGUAAUCUUCAUUGCAGCUAUACACUUUCAAUUCCUGACCGUAGAUCAACGGAAUCAUCUGCAUUUACUGAAUAUUUCCCUUUUCUCCCCCCCAGGACAUGAUGGUUUGGAAACCACCGGUCUCCAUCAGCCGGUCUCAGAUCAUCAGCCAACAAUGCAGCAGCAUCAGGCACGGCAGCAACAGUUGCAGGAGCUGCAGCAUCAGUCGCAGCUAGAACAACAAUUGGUAAAGCAGCUGCAACAAGAGUUACAGCGGCAGCUACAGCAGCACAUGCAUCUGCAGCCGCAAGGCCUCCUGCUUCAGCAGCCACAGAUGCAACACCAGCAGCAGCAGCAGAUGCCACUACAGGUCCCCAGCAAUAGCAGCAGCCCCAGCAGAUGA